UUUGAUAAAUAAGAAGACGAUAAAGAACAGUAAGUGAGAGAGACAGUUAGAAAAUGGCGACAACAAGAAGAAUAAGAUGGUACCCACCACCCCCUCCAAGUCCUAGAAUACUUCACUUACCACUAAGACGACCUGUUCGUCGAAAAACCAGUUCGAAAAAUCACUUGAAUCCGAAAAUUGUUGUUCCGAAAGAAUCACCAGAGUUAUUAUCACACCAGAGUAAUCAUCCAAGAGGAAAACUCGAAACUCUGUUUGAUCAAGAAAGAGUUUUCUCAAAAACAGUUCCGAUAGUUUUAUUGAACUCAUCACCAUCUGUAGGACAUCAUUAUGGUGGUGAUGGUAAUGGGAGACGAGAAAGAGUUGAAGAAGAUUUUGAAUUUGGACAUAAAUGUGAAGAACCAGAAGAUAUUAAUGAAAAUGAGAAAUGGAGAUUUCAAGCUGAGAUUCUUAGAGCCGAAUGUAAUUUUCUUCGAAUGGAAAGGGAAAUAGCAUUAAGGAAGCUGGAAAUCAAUCGAGUUCAAACUCAAAAGACUCUUCGCUCCGCAGUAGAAACCCUAAUUUCUGGGAAAAAGAAAAUUUAUCAAGGAAAGAAUGUAGAUUCAGUAUUGGAGGAAGAAAUCGAUGAAUUAGAAGAGAAACUAAAUGAUUUACAUAGAAAAUCAGGCGUUACAGAUAUCGAGAUUCGUAAAUGUGAUAAUUUUGAUCUUAAAGCAUCAGUUCUUCAAAGGAGAUUAGAAAAACUUGAGUUUGAUGAUAAAUAUGUUAAAGAGAUUCAACAACUGGCUGAAUCAAGCUUAACUAUCAAGCCAAACAAUAACAAUCAUCGCUUUACAGAUGUGGAAAUACUUGGGAAAAAGAUGGAAGGAAUAUCAAAAGGGAUGUUGGAGAAGAUGGAAGCGGAGUAUAGAUCAAUGUUGUCCUCCACAGCAACAUCUUCUGCAACUGUGAGCGGGACCAGUUCUGCUUCGACUUCCAGUCGAUAUGAAUUCCCUCACAAUUCCUUUUCAUCUUCUAAAAAAGAUUAUCAAUAUCAUCAACGACGGGAGAGGACAGUCCCUGAAGAAAAAGUAUGUGCAGGGCGAUGUAAGAUGAUUGUGCGUAAAAUUGUCGAGCAGGUGAGGUCUGAGAUGGAGCAGUGGUCUCAAAUGCAAGAUAUGCUGGGACGGGUCAGGGUGGAAAUGGAGGAAUUGCAGGCUUCUCGUGAUUACUGGGAAGAUCGCGCACUAAAUUCCAACAACCAGGUCCAGUCACUUGAAUCCUCUGUGCAAGAUUGGAGAGAGAAAGCUCAUGUGAAUGAGACCAAAGUUUCUGAGCUGCAAAAACAAAUUUCUGAGCUCCAAGUAAAGCUUAAAAGAUCAAGAACUGAAAGAAACCAAAACUCAUCAAGGAUCAAGAACUUAGAGAUGACACAAGGGGGGGAUCUUUCACAAAAGGAGAAGGAAAAGAGAGUGUUGAUAUGUAGCUUGAAAGAGAAUCCGAAAGCAAAUUUAAGCAAGCAGACUAUCAAACACCAGUACAGUGACGUUGGCAGGACAAAAGAAUGCCCUACUCACAGUGGAAACACUGGUUCAAAUCGAUCACCUCUAAGUGAAAUUAAGAAUUCUUCAUCACCAAAGUCUCGACAAAUUGGUAGAACUACAUUAAUGUCUCCUUCCUACAGCACCGAGAAACACCACCGUGCAAAUUGCAGUAAGCAAAACAGAGAUAAUUUUGGCUUUGGCAGGAAACAUGACGGUGCAUAUCACAAUGGUUCGAUUCGAACACCUCUUGAGGAAGUAGGAAACUUAGCGUCGCCGAAGUUUAGGCAGAAAAGAAGAGAAAGUUAUCCUUUUGUUCUUGUCUAAGAAUCUGUUGUUAAGUUCUUUGAAGUUAUUAGUUCUGUAAGUUCGUACAUUUCACUGACUUGCAUAAUACUUAUUAAGAUUAUCAAUGUAUUAUUUCCAAAUUCCAAUAUGCUGAGUUGAA